UUGCUGUUGAAGAGUUUGCUGAGCACCAUAUAGUCAAUUAAGUAGGCUAAAAGCUGCAGCCUCCUUUGGAUGAGAGAGAGAGAGAGAGAGAGAGAGAGAGAGAGAGAGAGAGAGAGAGAGAGUGUUUAACAUAAGUGUCAGAUCAGAAUCACUGCUCUGAUUGAAAAAAGAAAGAAAACCCUAUGGGACUGAAAAAACAGAGCUGAUACUGGGGGUUAUUAGAAUAAGAGGACUAAGGUUGACAGUGGCCCACUCUGAGCCAGGGGCUAUGGCUUUCUUUCCAGAUCUUACAGAGACCUGUUCAUUUUUUUCAUGGGUCUUUGGGAGGUUUUAUUAUUUUCUUUUACAUAUUAAAAAGCUUUCAGUCAUCGGAGCACUGAAUGUCCACUAAGGGCCACAGCAUUCUUGUUUUCCUUUUGAAGCUUUGUUCUUCUUCCAGGAACAUGUAGAAGAAGACAGAGCCAGCAUUUACCCGUCUGUAUUCACCAACUCUUCCAAGGAGAUGAUGUGCUUUCCGGACUUCCCGUACCCUGAGGAUUACCCCAACUUCAUGCACCAUGGCAAGCUCCAGGAAUACAUAAGGACAUUUGCUGAAAAGAAGAAUCUUUUAAAAUAUAUACAGUUUGAGGUAUGAGCCUUGUAACUUGUGCUGUUGACAUCAAAAUGUGUAUGGGUUAGAGAGAAAGCAAGGGCACAGCACUCACCUAGAGAAAUCAGAGCCAAAUGGUUGGACACCGCCCCCACUGGAGACCCUGGUUACUAGUGUAAAGAAAUGUCCCAGCUUCUUAGUUACUGGCCAAUGGGAAGUUGUUUCAGAAAAGAACGGGAAGCAGGAAUCAACUAUUUUUGAUGCUGUAAUGGUUUGUUCCGGACAUCACGUGUACCCCAAUCUGCCAAAUGAUUCUCUUCCUGGCCUAGACCAGUUUCAGGGCCACUACCUCCACAGCCGGGAGUACAAGGGCCCAGAAGCCUUCAAGGGGAAGAGGGUCCUUGUGAUUGGCCUGGGGAACUCGGGAUGUGACAUUGCUGUGGAGCUCAGUCGUCUGGCUACACAGGUCAUGAUCAGCACCAGAAGCGGUUCCUGGGUCAUGAGCCGGGUUUGGGAGGACGGCUAUCCUUGGGACAUGGUGUACAUUACCCGGUUUGCAUCCUUUCUCCAGAAUGCCCUUCCUUCAUUCCUCUCUGACUGGCUAUAUGUGAAGAAGAUGAACACAACAUGCUUUAAGCAUGAGAACUACGGCCUGAUGCCUUUAAAUGGUGCCCUGAGGAAAGAGCCUGUGUUCAAUGAUGAGCUCCCAUCACGCAUCCUGUGUGGCACACUGUCCAUCAAGCCUGGUGUGAAGGAGUUCACAGAGACCUCAGCCGUGUUUGAGGAUGGGACCGUGUUUGAGGCCAUUGACUCUGUCAUCUUUGCGACAGGCUAUGCAUACGCCUACCCCUUCCUUGAUGACUCCAUCAUCAAGAGCAGAAACAAUGAGGUCACCUUGUUUAAAGGCAUCUUCCCCCCAAUGAUGGAGAAGCCAACCUUGGCCGUGAUUGGCUUUGUCCAGUCCCUUGGGGCUGCCAUCCCCACAGCGGACCAGCAAGCCCGCUGGGCUGCUAAAGUGUUUGCAAACUCAUGUACCCUGCCAACUACAAAGGAAAUGAUGGAUGAUAUUGAUAUGAAAAUGGGGAAGAAACUCAAGUGGUUUGGACAAAGCCAGACUUUGCAGACAGAUUACGUCACAUACAUGGACGAGCUGGGCUCCUUCAUAGGGGCCAAGCCUAACAUACCAUGGCUCUUCCUGACUGACCCCCAGCUGGCGCUGCAGGUGUUCUUUGGUCCUUGUAGCCCAUAUCAGUUUCGACUUAUGGGACCAGGAAAGUGGGAGGGGGCCAGAAAGGCCAUCUUGACCCAAUGGGACCGGACAGUAAAGCCAAUCAGGACAAGAGCCGUCAGUGAAGCUCACAGACCACAACCUUUUUACAACUUGUUUAAAAGUCUUUUAUUUCCACUGCUUCUUCUACCUCUUUUGCUUGCACUUUAUUAAUGAGAGAGUUCUUGGGUCUCAAAGUUCAGCCUAGAAGUUCAAUUACUGAUAUGCCUAUACAUGUACACGUAUAAAAUCUCAUACCUGUUCUUUCCCUUCCCGUAGAUGUAAAAAUGAAUUCUGGCCCAUUUGACUCUAAGUCCAAAUAAUGAAAAAUACUCAGCAUCUCCUUUUUCAUGAGAAUCUAGACUCUAAAAGGCUGAAUUGGCAAGUUUAGAGAUGCUCGAGGUAAAGAAGAUGGGACAGUAAAUGGGAGGACAGCUUUGUAGGCUGGACAAACUUUAAUAAACGUUUUAAAGGGUGUUUUGUCAUGGGGAGAAUUGACAUCACAACUAUGUUGAGUCUUCCAACCUAUGACACACUAUAUAUUUCCAUUUAUUUAGAUCUUCUUUAAUUUCUCAGUAGUAUUUUAUAGUUUUUAGUGUAUAAGUCUUACCCAUCCUGUUUCAGAUUUAUCCUAAGUAUAUCAUGGGAUGUUAUUAUAAAUAGCAGUUUAACUUUUUAAUUUGCUACUGUUUAUUGCUAACAUAUAGAAAUGCAAUUAUCUGUUCUAUGAACUUUUAUGUAGAUUCCAUAAUACUUUCUACAUAGAUGAUCAUCUCUAAAAAUAAAGAUACCUUUUGUUCCCUCCCA